ACUUCGAGGGAUAAGCGGUGUUGGAGUGGGGAGCCGGAGGGUUCCCUCCUCUCGGAGUGCAGGAGCUCCCGGGCUCGUGGGGGCAUCGCCGUUUCACACUUCGCCAGCCAGGUAUGCAAGUGGGUGGGGCUGGUGAAAGGUGGCGUGAGGUGACGGACAGCGUCGGCCAGGGGCCCUCCUGACGCUGCUGGUAGGGCAGCCAAGAGGCCCUGGGCUUGGGUGAGGCUGGUGAGGUAGGCUGGGUGUCCCUCAAUGGCGGGGUCGGUUAGACCCAGUCCUCCAAGAGAGGGAGGGAGGGACGCUUGAGCCCAAGUGCGCACCCGCUCCACCUCGCCUCGGGGUGGUUGGAGGUUGCAGGCACGCAGGAGGGUAUGGAAGAGCUCCCUACCCCAGUCGGACCAGACGUCCAGGGGAAGGAAGUCAAGGGGGGUGGUGCGGAUUAAGUAUGAGACACGCCGAGAAACGCAGCGUGUGAGGAGGAGGGAUGAGGACUGGGGGUCCAUUGUGGCCAGUGUGGCGAGGGGUUCGGCUAGCAGGGACAGCUGGGUGCGGAGGAAUGCAGCUGUGCCCUCGGCUGUGCCUAUAAAGCUGCCAAGUACGCGGACGCCUUCUGUGUUGAAAGGUAUGCCUGGGGGAAGGUGGUCAGGUGCAGGGCGUUCGGCUGACCACGCCGCGCAUUUCGCGGGGUUGUGGGAGAGACCGAUGCGGUCCAUGGCCGCUGUGAAGUUGAGGAACGCCGAGGUGCAGGCGUCCGGAUCGCCGACGAAGGUGAUGUCGUCGGCGUACGCGAGGCAGAGGACCUCGGGGUGGGCCGCGGCAGUUGUUCGGAGCGCUGGGUGGAUGGCGGCUGCGAAGAGGAGGGGGCCCAUGGGGUCCCCUUGGCGAACUCCCCGCGCACUGAGUAGGGGUGGGCUGUCGAACUCGGCGUCGAGGUAGAGCAGCGACGGUGCUCCGUAGGAGAAUUGAAUGAAGGGGAGGAGCGGGCGCAGGGGCGAGGUGUUAAUGGCGUGGAUGAUGGCCGUACGGUCAACGCUAUUAAAGGCGUUUGAAAGGUCGACUUGUAGGAUGAGUGAGCCCGGGCGCGCUGAGGUAAAACCCCUGGUGGCAUGGAUAAUGGUUUCUCCGCCGCUCCUGAUGGCUACCCCGUAUUGGUGUGGUAGGAAGUAGUCUUGCGCGGAUUGCGUGGAGGAGAUUAGCGCGGCUUUUGCCGCUAGCCGAAGGAGACACUCUCCUAUUGCGAUGGGGCGGGUACCCCCAUCUGGCUUGGUAAGGGCCAGGAGGCGGGAGGAGGUAACGAGCUGGCUGACUUCGUGCGGCAGGUUACCCGCCAGUAGCCGCUGGACGAGCUUGUGGAGGUUUGUGGCGACGGUGGGGUUGGACAGCGAGGCGUCGCGAAGGUGCUCGAAGGUCAUCCCCGAGGGGCCUGCCCCAACUCCAUUUUCGGAGCGAGAGAGGAGCUUCGCGAACGUAGCGAAAUCGACUGUCGGCGGCCUGCAGUUUUCGUCAAGCCGUGGCCAGGUGAGGUUUUCGACAAGCGGAGGGGGGUGUUUUGACUUCAGCGCGUCCAGCACCGUGGGGGUGGACUUGCUGACUGGGGUCGAAGUCAACGCGAGCAGAGCCCGUCGCAAACUGCCUCGGCGUACCAAGCCCUCGGCGCGGGAUAUUUUCCCAAGAGUGUCAGGUACGUGGCGGGGAGGGGGUGGCAUGGUGACAGCAGAGGCAGUUGCUUGAUACAGUGUGUCCCAAUGGCCCGCGAGAAAUUGUCGAAGUCGUCUUUCCGUCGCGGGCCAGUCAGGGCGUCGUGGUGAGGGUAGGCGAAGUGUGAGGCGCGGGAGGUAAAGUAACAGGAUCCAACCCUCAAUGGAGGUUGGAUGUUUGGCGAGGAAAAGGAGGGGUGUCAGAAGGGCGAGCGCGAAAAGUUGACGGAUUUGGGGGGGUAACCGGCGGGAGAGAGGGGGUUGGCGACUGUCGCAGAGGGCUGCGACGUCCCAAGUGGCGAUGACGGCGAAUCGGGAGGGGUCAUUCGCCAGUUCUUCCGGGGACAACUGCGGGACUGCCUGGGGAUGGGUGUCCAGCGGUGCCCGAGUAUUGUGCAUGCGGCUGGACCCUCGUCCCCUAGAUCUGGGAGUUGGGUCAGUCUCUCGUCCUCCAGCGCGCCUGUUUGUUUCGACGUUUUCCUCCUCACUGGAGGUCUCAGGCGUGGGGUCUCCCUGGUCCCCUGGUAUAUAAGUUCCGUCUGCCCGUUCCUCUUCAUCAGUUGUUCGUUGCAGUUCCGAGGCACUUAAAGCCCUGUUCGCUGCCUGCUGGAAUCCGUUCAGCGGUCCUCCGUCGGAGGACAGAUUGCCACGCCUUGCAGCCCCGCGACCGCGCCCUCCGGCCGUCCGUGUAUUGAGGCUUCCGCGUCCGCCUCCGUGGUUUCCCCUCGGGGCGGCCCUGGUCGUCGUUCGGCUUUUGUGCCGAGUCGUGGGGGGUGCCGAGUGCGGCGCGCCUCCUCGGGAUGGAGCGACCAGCGCGGGAGCGUUCUGCCGAUUUGGAGAGUACUGGGGACAGCGAGUCCCCCCGAGGUCGGGCGAGUCCUCCAGCACCGUCGAACCGAGAUUGGGAGCGCGGGCUCCUCGUCCCCUCGACGGCUCGCCAUCAGACUCCCGAGCGGAUGCGGGGGCAGUCGCGGGGCAGGACUGCCGCGCCCCAGAGACACGAGGAGAAGUCCCCUGAGCGCGCCUUGGAUAUUGGACGUGAACCAGUGGCG